CCACUGUGAUGCCCCAAGAAAGAGAAAAUGAGGAGAAAGAUGAGAAACUUCAAACAUAAGACACUUAAUAAAACACUCAUAGAAGUGAGUGACCAAGAAUCUGAAAAAGAUGGUAGUCAGUUCUCUGACCCUGCUACAGACGAGAAAUUUCAGGCUGAAAAGAGACAGUAUGUAUGUACUGAGUGUGGGAAAGCCUUUAGUCAGAGUGCCAACCUUACAGUACAUGAGCGAAUCCACACAGGGGAGAAACCCUAUAAGUGUAAGGAGUGUGGAAAAGCCUUCAGUCAUAGCUCCAACCUUGUUGUUCAUCGGAGAAUCCACACUGGACUGAAGCCCUACACAUGCAGUGAAUGUGGGAAAUCUUUCAGUGGUAAGUCACACCUCAUUCGGCACCAGGGAGUCCACAGUGGGGAGAAAACUUAUGAAUGUAAGGAGUGUGGGAAAGCCUUUAGUCGGAGUUCAGGUCUUAUUUCACAUCACAGAGUUCACACUGGGGAGAAGCCCUACACUUGUAUCGAGUGUGGGAAAGCUUUUAGCCGUAGUUCAAACCUUACUCAACAUCAGAGGAUGCACAAAGGAAAAAAAGUUUACAAAUGUAAAGAGUGUGGGAAAACAUGUGUUUCUAAUACAAAGAUUAUGGACCAUCAGAGAAUUCACACUGGGGAGAAGCCUUAUGAAUGUGAUGAGUGUGGAAAAGCUUUCAUCUUAAGGAAGACCCUUAAUGAACAUCAGAGACUUCAUCGUAGAGAGAAACCUUACAAAUGCAACGAGUGUGGGAAAGCGUUUACUUCUAAUCGAAACCUUAUUGAUCAUCAGAGAGUUCACACUGGAGAGAAACCCUAUAAAUGUAACGAAUGUGGGAAAACCUUCAGGCAGACUUCUCAAGUUAUUUUACAUUUGAGAACCCACACUAAGGAGAAACCCUAUAAAUGUAGUGAGUGUGGGAAAGCCUAUCGUUAUAGCUCACAACUUAUUCAACACCAGAGAAAACAUAAUGAGGAGAAAGAAACCUCAUAAAUAACAUGUAUUGUUGGUAGUAGGACUAAUUGCUACCUUUUGGAAAAGCAGUUUUUCAGUAUCAUCAACUUUAAUUCUAUUUCUAAGAAUCCAUACAGGGAAAGUAAUGAGAAGUAGACAAAGAUUAACAGAAGGGAUAUUCAUGCCAGCAUCAUAUAUAACUGAAAGAAGAAAACUAGAUUUUAACAGUACAGGGUUUAAAUGAAUGAUGGUCUUGCGGCCAUUGUAAACCUUUUUAAAGCAUAUUUAAUGCCAUGAGGGAAAUGAUUUGGAAAAAUGGAAGAUAAAGAAAAAACAAUGAAGUAUGAUCCAAAUUUUUUAAAACAUUUACGCAUUGGAAAGGAAUGGGAAUGAAAUAAUACCAAACCAAAACAUUAACUGAUUAUCUCUGGGUGAUAGGAUUAUAGGUGAUUUCUAUUUUCUUCUUUAUACUUUUCUAUGCUUUUUGGAUUUUCUACAAUGAGAAUGUACUACUUUUCUAUUCCGGAAAGUUACAAUAUUUUUAAAAUGCAAUGAGUACAUCCUCAUUUUCACUCAACAGUGUUAUAAAAAGCACAUAGAACAUAGACUCAAAAAUCCUGGGAUUGCACCCUAAUACUGGCACUUAGUAGCAGUGGAACCAUGAGCAAGUCACUUCCUUUUAGAGCUUUGUUUCCUGUUUAUUAAAUCAUAAAUACCAGUUGUUGGUCUUUUGCAGUUUUAAGAUAAGCUGACUUUACAGUUGUUAACACAAUGCAUAAUUCAUGUACUUGAUCACUGUUAGAUUAAAAGAACACAGCAAAAAUUUACUACAUCCUCAUCUUUGACAGUUGUAGAAGGAUAUGCAAAUAAUAGAGAACAACUUAGCUCCAUCUUUUCAAUAUAUGUCUACAAAGCAAGAAAAAAUGUCUCCUAUGAAAUUGAAACAAUUGCAGUUCAUAACCUUUAAAGAAAUACAGUCAGCAUAAUCUAAAAUUGGGGGAAGACUCUGCCUUCACAUGUUAUGUAGGGUUUAGUAGCUGAAAGGUGCAGACUUUGGGGUCAGAGACAUGUGUUCUAAUCUCAGAUCUGCCAUGCACUAGCUUGUCAGUUUUCAAGUCACUUAACUGCUCUGAGCCUCAUACUAUCUGUAGAAAGGGAAUAACUACCUACCUCACAGGGUUGUUGUAAGGAUUAAAUGAGAUAAUGCCUGGAAUGUGUGAUAAGCCCAGCACAUGGAAAAUCAUAAUAGCUUAAAUAGAGGACAUUGGAGCAGUAUUUCUAAACACUUAGUGAGAGUGAUUCAUGGAAAGUUUUAGCUAAGGUGGCAUUUAGGAUAUUUUAAAGUGUAAUGAACACAAUACCAAGUACUAGUAACUUAAACCUUAAGAACACUAAUCUUAGGGCUGGCCCCACGGCCGAGUGGUUAAGUUCGCGCGCAAUGGCACCGCCCAUCAGGCCGUGCUAACGCGGCAUCCCACAGGCCACAACUAGAAGGUCCCACAACUAAAGUAUACAACUAUGUACCGGGGGAUUUGGGUAGAUAAAGCAAAAAAAAAAAAGAUUGGCAACAGUUGUUAGCUCAGGUGCCAAUCUUUAAAAAAAAAAAAAGGGACACUAAUGUUUACAUAAGAAGAAGUCUAGAGGUAAGCACUUCCAAAUUUGAUUUGGCAACUUAGCACUUCAUCAGAUUUCCACAUUAACUCCAUAAUUUUCAACAUAUUGUCUUUCAUUUUUUGCAACUUUGGUUACAAGAUGGUGGUCGCUGCUGCAAGCUACUUUCUUCACACACUCCUUCAGAGUCGGGAAGUGAGGAAAGGUGCUGAGGCUUCCUCUUCUGAAGGUUCCUUUCUCUUAUUGUUGAGAAAACCUUUCCCAGAAGAAGGGAGGAAUGCUGAGCAGUCAAUUCUACAGGUGCUUACUAGCUUCCUCUGCUUUUCAAGUCCUUAGCUUAAAAUCCAUCUGGGAGCACUUAGACUCUGCCCAUUCUUAACUCAGCCAGUUUUUCUUUUUAUACAGUGAAUCCCUAAGCUUAAUGCCAUUUGUCUUAUGCACAUAGUGCUUUAUUGUUUCCAGAAUUAUUGAGGAUAUGUUAUCCCAUUCAAUCCUGAUAAUAUUUGUACAAGAAACUUGAGUCUCAGUGAGGUUAGGUGACUGGCUAGUAAGUGGUUGGAGCCAAGACUGAACUCGGAUCUGACUUCCAAGUCCUUGCCUUCUUUAUUACACCAAAGUGUCUCUACCCAUCGUGGUGGUUCUACAUGUGAGUGGGAGACCAGUUAGGAUUCUCCUGGGUAGCCACUUCUAUGAAAGGUGAUUGUAUCUGGACAAUUAUUUGAUCGUGGCUUCAUAAGGAAGUUAGAUUUAGGGCCUAUUUCUGCACCUCAUAAUUUAGUUUUGAGGAUUAUAUAUUUCUUCCUUGCUGUUACUGGAAAGAAGCAAGGGGAAGGUGUGAAGGGUCUGUCUGUGAAAAGGGAUUGUUUAGUUUUGCCCUAUUUUGAUAGGAAGUGGCUUACAUAUAAUUUUGUGAUAUAACAGUCCCUCUUUGCAUAGUUAUUCAAAGCAAGGUUUGGAGGCUCUGGAACAGAUUCAGGGGAUAGGACUGUUGACAUGGUCACUCUUGGGUGGGCACUCCCCCAAGAGUCUGGGUGGACAUGAGGCUAGGGUAACCCACAUGUGGCAGUGACUAAACAAAACUGCAGCAGUAAGCCACAUCCAUCAUUCUUCCCUUGUGUGUCCUGUUAAAAUUUUAGAAGGGGUUUCUAGUUAGUGUUCCAUGCCUUUUGUCAUGCCAGCCAUCCUCACCUGCUGAUUUGCUAUGUGGAAACUACUCAUGAUUGUCUACUGGCCCUGCCAAAACUGCUUUACGAAAACAGGCAAUUAGGCAACUAGUCUUUUGGUUGUGAACAUGAUGAGAGUCUAUACAGAAGUUGAAAUACAAUGUACAUCUGAAGUUUAUAUAAUGUUAUAAACUAAUGUGACCUCAAUAAAAAGAAAAGAAAACAGGCGGUUAGCUUUGAGUGUGCCUGUCAGGGAAUUUUUUUUUUUUUUUGAGCAUUUAUUAUUGCUGAGCAGAGUUAUUGAUGCUUCCUAUAUUGCUGAGGAGGUAUUCUCUGACCAAAACAUUUCCCAUCACUGUGUUCUAGUGUCUGAACUUGUUUCUUCAAAUACGCUUUCUUAGAUGACUUUGUAAUCUUCAAGAGUAAGUACCUUCUAGGAAGGAUAUCAUGUCUUCUCAAACCCAGAGAUCUGAAUACAGAUCUUCACAUUUCUUGCCCUAGGCAAGCAAAGAUCCUAGACCCUUGAGGAGGCCCUCACCCAUCUUCUAGGCUGAUACCUGUCUUGAGCUGCAAGAGUAAACAUUGACAAUUGGUCCCUGUACCCUUUCAGAUAAAUAUCCUGCAAUAUAAUUUGAACUCAUCACCUACCUUCCUCUAGGAGUUUUUCAAGACUAUCAGCUGUUUCCUUCAGUCAGAGUUUAAUUCUGCAGUUCUUACCAUCCUUUCAAGCCCUUUCAUGAUGCACUCUGGAAUUCAGGGUCUGUCUCUUUGAAUGUGUUCUUUUCAACUUCCUGUUCUAAUGGAAACCUGGCUGUUCCCUAAUGGUGUGCUUCCCCCGCAGUCCCUCAAUUGCUAGUUUUUGUCUCCCUCAACCCAUUUACCUCUCUCUACUGCCAUUUCUUCUCUAUUUUCCACCAAAAGCCCAGCUCAUUUGAAAUCCCUGUUCUUGUCAUCUACUGACUUCUUGUGCAUUCACAUUUAUUCAAUUAUGUUUUAGUACCCUGAAUAUUCCUAAGGAAUAUGAAGAAGCAAUAUUUUUAGCCACAGACAUCCUAAUUGUGUAGAAUUGCUCUUGUGUGGAAUACAAAUAUAUAUGUCUCUUUUUAGUUGAGAGAAAAGUGUGAAAUAAAUUCUUACUUUAUAUAGGCUUGAUUAAAGGGAAAUACGAAAGACAAAGAAUCCUGCAGAGAGGAAAGUGUCUCCCCAGACUUAUAUUUUUCAUUCAUGGUGUGUACUGUGUUAGGUCUUACAUGGAACUGAGAAGAAAACUGAAACAAAAAAGAGCUUUAAAUAGCUGAAUAAUUCUGUUGCAUAUAAAACCCAUAAGACUAAAUUUCAUUUCAGCUCCGUAUCCUUACUGAGAGACUUCCUUUUUUGAUUUUUUUUCCGUUCAAUAUAAAUAAAAUAGUAUGCUUAUAUUGUUGGAUUGUUUUUAGAAACUAGACUAUCUUUAACCACCUCUGAUGUUAUAAAACUAGAGUCAUAAAAUUGUUUUUGCAGGAAAUAGUUAUAAUUCCUCCAAUAAAUAUCUGUUGUUAUUUACUUA